AUGAUCGUAAGCAGAGUGGUGAUGGUAUUCACACCUUCUGUGUUUGUGCUCUUUAUACUGGCUGGUGCUUUAGUGUCGGGUUCAUACGGACCUGUGCUUGAAUCUGCUGCUUCUGUUGGAAUGGAACUGACGGACAUCCAGAACCGGCUGAACCUAAACUGGUACAUGUCUGUGAGCGCAGCCGUCGGCAUGAUCGCCACCGGGCUCGUGGGCUGGGUGUUGCGCAGCUGGGUCUACUUCAACCUCUUCGCUGCUCUCUGCUGUCUCACCUUGCUCUCCUUCCACAGAUGGUUUCCAGAAUCGCCACGGUGGUUGGCAUGCAGGGGACGCGAGCAGGAGGCGUUGCUCCUUCUGAACCGCAUAGCCUCGACUAAUGACUCGUCGGUACCUUCGUUCACAUCGAGGGUCCUACAAACCAUGAAGAAGAGCAGAGGAGAUAGGAAGGGCUUCUUUAGCAUAUUCUCCAGCUUCAACCUUUUCAAAAACGUUGUAAUUCUCGUCAUCGGCAGGUCGGUGUUCCUGCUGUCGACGUACGCGCUGGUGAUGAGCGCGGCCGUGCUCAACGUCAGCCCCUUCGUGUCGCUGGCCGCGCAGGGCGCUGCGCAGCUGCCGGCGCUGUUCGUCGUCUACCCGUGCGCACACCGCUUCGGCCGCCGCUGGUCUGCCGUCGCCUCCAUGCUGCUCACUGCCUUCUCCAGCGUCGUCAUGAUACUUCUCCUCACAGUUGGUGCACCAGAAUCAGCACUCACGGUAAUGGCAGUGGUGAUGCAGUUCUGCACGUCGGCUAGCGGGGGAAUCGUCUCUCUGCAGAGCAUAGAGGUGCACCCCACGUGCCUGCGCCAGAUCACCGCCAGUGUCGAGUACGCUGCUAGUGGUCUACUCCUUUCACUCCUCCCGUACAUCGUCUUCAUGGGAGGAUCGGUGGACAAGCGGCUGCCAUUCGCUAUCCUCUCGACUUUGAGUCUGCUGACAGGAUUCUUCUUGUCCUUUUUGCCGGAAACUGCUCUACAGCGACUACCAGAUUCUUUGCAAGAUGCUGCAGUCUUUGGGAAAGGUCAUGACUACUGGAGCUGGAAACCUAGUCCGACGCCAGUUUUUACAUCAAAAGAGUAG